AAUAUUCAACGUCCAGUAAUUAUGUUUAUUGAUGGUCACGCUUCGCAUAUCACGUUAUACUUAAGUAAAUUCUGUUCCGAAAAGCAAAUAGUGCUAAUCGCCUUGCACCCAAAUGCCACGCACAUAAUGCAACCAUUGGAUGUUUCUCUAUUUCGUACCUUGAAGGCCAAUUGGAAGAAAAAAGUUGAAACAUUUUGUCGAAAUUCCUUUGCAGUCGGAAUUCAAAAGUCUCAGUUUGCCCCUUUGCUAAAAGAAACUUUAGAUUCAAUGAAUCUAGAAACCGUUUUACGAAACGGGUUCAAAAAAAGUGGAUUAUGUCCUUUCGAUGUUGAGGCAAUUGAUUUCACUAAGGUCCUUAAACGAAUUGGAGACUCAGAUUCAUUGUCAGAAGACAGUUCUCAGGUUUCGCAAUGUAAUUCCUCAACAGUUCAAGACUCCUUGGAAGUGUUUGAAAAAUUUUUAAAGCAAGAUCAAAUAGAGGCAUUUCGACUAAAUGAAAGUCCAACUUGGAGAGGAAACGUAAAAGAUGAGGAACUCUUUAACAUAUGGUACAAAUUAUCGUACCCAUCAGGUGGUUUAUCGAACACUCUUAAUAAUCAAAAGAAUGACUCAAGGUUGGACUUGCCCAUGGACAUUGUUUCUGAUAUAACUGAAAUUAUUGACACCACUCGGGGUCACAAGAUGCUAAAUGGAGUAAAUGUUAAAUCUACGAUAAAUUCAGAUAAUGUAAAGUCAAGAAGCAAUGCUGUCAUUGAAAAUGGAUGUGUAAUAAUGGAAUUAGAAGUAGAUGUCAAUCAAAAUAUUCCAAGCGAUUCGAUUUCUAACGGUACUGUCUUAGCAUCUAAUGAUUUUACAAACAAUGAUUCGAUUUCCGACGGUAUUCUCUUAGCAUCAAAUGAUUCUGCAGAGAAUAAAUCGAUUUCCAACGAUAUUGUCUUAUCAAAGGAUUCUCCAGAGCUCGAUGUACCACUUGAUUUGACCAAAAACAAGUUAAAAGUUAAUCCGCUUUGCGACAUUACAAAUUUUCAUGAACAAAAACCGGUAAUAUCAGAAGAAUCUGUGCAUCAGAAGUUUUUGUUUUGGCCAUCUGAUAAUUUAUUAAAAAAUGAAAAUAAGAAAAGGAUAAAUAAAGUGCGUCAUCCUUCAGUCGUCACCGGAAGUCAAUGGCAAGAAAUUGUGGACACAAAACAAACUGAGAAGCGAAUUAAAAUUGAGGCUGUAGAAACAAGAAAGAAAGCGAGAAUAGAAAAAAAGGCGAAAUCUAAAUUAAUAAAAGAAGAACUUCAAAAGAAAAGAGAGGAAAAAAAACAGCAAAAAGAAAUGGAAAGCUUUGAAAAAGAAAAACAGAAGCUUUUGAAACAACAAGAAAAAUUUGCAGCUAUAACAGAGAAAAAAAAAGCUUUAGACGAAAAAUUAGCCAAAGAGAAAGAAAGACGAGAAAUAGAAAAACAGAUUCGUGAUUUGCAAGAAAGACAAGUAAAUUUAAAUCAAAAUCUGUGAUUAAAAGAUUAAAGCUUAUAUAUUUUUAAUUAAUGUCAUAAUUCUUUGUGAUAUUUACGAUUAAGAUUUAUAUCUAAUAUGGCAUAAUACUUUGUGAUAUCUGCCAAAAGUGUUCGAGACUCAAAUUUUAUUUAUCAAACUUUUUUACUUAAGGAUAAUUAUAUGCUCAUAAGUGUCAUAAUACUUUGUGAUAUCUUCGAUUAACGUUUUUAUCUAUUUAUAUAAUACUUUGUGAUAUCUACCAAAAGUAUUUAAGACUCAAAUUUUAUUUAUUCAUUAUAAUAAAGUUUGUUACUUAUUUAUGUUUUAUGUUUUGUCGUGGACGGUCACAUAUAUGUAAUAUAAGUUGUCCAAUUACUAAAAUAUAUGUGCAUAUUGACAUAUUAAAAAUAUGUUACUUUCAAUAAAGUUGUAAUAAUGGGAAAAUUAUUUAUUUAAAAAAUUUUAAUUAUUUAUUCAAUUUAUUGACGUAGUAAACAUAAUUUAAUAAAUAAGAUGUAGAAUAUGAUGCUUGUUUAAUAGUUAAUAAAGCCAUUUGGCCACAAAAUUCUACAUCUUAUUUAUUAAAUAAUUUGGCUUUUGAAAGAAGAUUUUCUUUAUAAAUUAUAAACAUAAUUUGACAUAAUAAAAAAUAAAUUUGUUUCAAAUAAACUUUGAAACAAAAUUUAGUUUGAAUAAGCCCGCUAUAUUUCAACCAAUGAGGUUAAAUUCUUGUGACAUGCGCAGCUCGACAUGCAGCUCGAUUUUAACAGUAAUGCCAGCACAGUAAUUGCCGUUUUGUUAGUAAUUACCGCACAGAAAUACCGACAUUUUAACAGUAACACACGCAUUUGCCAUUAUUUUUUAAAUGGAUGUUUUAAAUAAAAAAAGUGCCAAACUAAUCUCGAGUUUAAUGAUUAAUUAAAUUUAAUAAUUAAACUUUUAUCUACAAUUGGAAUAACAACAUUUGAUUUAUUUUUGAGGUUAAAUUGAGCUUUGCAAAGUUAGCAUAUACAAAAAAAGCACAGUAAUACCCACAG